CUCCAACACGCAGCGCGAAAGCAACGCGAAGGGAAUGGCUACACGGAAGCCAUGUUUGUUGAUGUUCAGUGGAGCUCAAACCUCUCUCGCAUAUCUUUCGCUCUGCGUGUCGCUCGCAAUUUGUAGUAUGGCGCACAAGACAGAGUUACCCACGAAAGAGAGGUCCCUGAAAGGCAGGGCGGAGAAAAUAUUCGUGGCAGCGAAGCAUGCAGUCAAUGGAAACUCAACCGUAGAGCCCUUCCCUGAGGGCAUGGAGACGAUCAUGUUUGGCAUGGGCUGUUUCUGGGGGGCAGAGCGACGCUUCUGGAAAUCUAAGGGUGUCUUCUCCACCCAGGUGGGCUACGCCGGCGGCUCCACACCCAAUGCCAACUACCAGGAGGUGUGCUCAGGUCUGACGGGACACACAGAGGUGGUGAGGGUAGUCUUCAACCCACAGCAGGUCAGUCUGGAGCAGCUGCUCAAGGUCUUCUGGGAGAGCCACAACCCCACUCAAGGUAUGUCACAGGGGAAUGACCGUGGGACUCAGUACCGCUCAGCCAUCUACACAUCUAACUCAGAGCAGCAGGAGAUGGCCCUGAAGUCUAAGCAGGCCUACCAGCAGGCGCUGACAAAGAAGGGCCACGGUGAGAUCACCACAGAGAUUCGGGUGCUCACUGAGUUCUACUACGCGGAGGACUACCACCAGCAGUAUCUCCAUAAGGUGCCCAAGGGCUACUGCGGCCUCAAGGGCACCGGCGUCAGCUGUCCACUAGGGGGCGCCAGGGAGGAGCUGUGAGGAAUAGCAGGGUGCAGACUAGAGGCAGAAGCCAGGCGGUAACAGAGGACUCUGGAGCAGACCUGGGCUAAAUCCGGGCCACAUCUGGGCCAUAUCCAGCUACUUUCUCAAAUGCAUCUACUUUCUGGGACAUUUCCAGCUACUUUCUGGGUCAAAUGCAGCUACUUUCUGGGACAUUUCCAGCUACUUUCUGGGUCAAAUGCAGCUACUUUCUGUGAAAUUACAUUUCUUGAUUUGAAGAAAUUCUCUCUGUCAGAAGAUGUCAAGUUGCACACGCGCACACACACACACACACACACACACACACACACACACACACACACACACACACACACACACACACACGCAUACACACACACACGAGAAAACACCAUCAACACUCCAGAGUCCACGAAUAAUACAAUGGACACACAGCUUAAGUACAGUCAAUACACAGCCAAGUAUAAAUGUGUACAGUAACUUAAAUCUAAUACCUGAGGCCUAUAUAUGGUCUUAAAUGCCUAAAUGUAGGCACAUGGUAGUACCCAUCACUUUCAAAAACUACAUUGUCCACACAAAUGUAGAAUUAGUCUCUUGCUUAAAUGAUUACUGUCCAGUGUCUUUGGAUGUACCUCUUUCUUAUACACAUAAUGAUGGCUAAGGGAGGUGUUAAGCAAUAUGUCAAGGCAGCAACAUUUUCACAAUGUUUUUCUACAUACUGUAUCUAUAGGGUGUCUGCAUAGAAACUGAUAUGCAAUAAUGUAUACAAUAAUAAAUCUACCCAUGGAAAAAAGUUGACCUAUCUCCUGCAGUAUUAGACUGGGUUGUGCAGUAUCUGAGAUUGGAGAGAACUGUUCACAUUGAGAACGGAACAUUCUAUUUGGGGCAAGGGGAUUGAAUAUAACAAUGCAGCUGGAAAUGUCAGGAUAUGGCAUUUAGAUGACUGCACCCUGUCUUACAGCAAGUAAUAGGACUGUAUUUCUCUUUACGCCUCUUCUUUUCUGUUGUUUAUUCCUGUGCAUGUCUGUCCAUUAAAAGAUCAUUUAAGUGAGA